AUGAAUGAGCGGACUAAACUGAUUGAGAGGAUACCAUUGAUACGUGUGACUCAGAAGGGUAGUUGGUGGGGUGUGGCGCGGCGCAUGCACUCCAACCCCAGGCCGCAGCCGGCAGUCUGCCCUGCGACGUCUUCGGUGGAGGCUGCACACCUAGCAUCUUCUCCCAUAUCAGAGCGGAGAGACUACGUGAGCCAAAUCCCUAACUCCAUCUUCGUCGAUAAUACUGGUUAUGACAGCGGUGGUGAUAUCUGGCGACGACUGGGGGGACUAGGGCGAACUCAGAGCGAUCUGGCAGCGGAGAUGGGAACUACCUCGACUUUACAUACUCUCUUCGCCCCUUUUGUCGUAUCACCCCUCACCCCUAGUUCUUAG